AUGUCGGGCGCCAUUACAUCCAAUAAAGCCCCAGUUUACGCACCACCCCAGCCGGACAUUCUCUCGCUACUCUGCGAACCCGCGAUGCUACAGCAUUCUCAAAUACCGCCUGGGUCAUGGGACUCUCACAUGCAUGUGUUUGAUGUGGAGAGAUAUCCUCUCCUAGCAAAAGCGCUGUAUGCUCCUAAACCAUAUACGGUUGCUGAUGCUAUCACCUUUGAGGCUUCCAUGGGCCUCGAUGGCGUUGUCAUAGUCCAACCUUCAGGGUACGGCAACGACAACUCAUGCCUCCUCGAUGCACUCCGCCAACUUGGGCCACGAAAUGCCCGAGGUGUUGUGGGCUUUGACCCUGCGACGACGUCUCCAGAAACCCUUCGGGAAUGGCAUGGCCUUGGGAUUCGUGGUGUACGCGUGAAUCUCCGGUCCAUCGAAUGGAGUCCUACGGAGGCCGAGCUUACCUCUGUCCUUCGCGCAUACGCAGAUCUCAUUCGGCCCCUCAACUGGGUUCUCCAAAUUUAUGUCCCACUGCCAACGGUCAAGACACUAGAGAAGAUCAUACCAGAACUCGGAAUCCGAUUCUGUAUUGACCACAUAGGUCAUCCACCAUUGAAUGAAUCUGGGCUCCAAUAUGCUCAGACUCGGAAUCCAUAUGAUCUCGACGGCUUCGCAUCAUUGAUUCGCCUCCUGCAGGGCGGACAGACAUAUGUGAAACUUUCUGCAGCGUACCGCUUCAGCCAAGCCACCGACUAUGAGGAUGUAGCACCUAUUGCCAAAGAAGUGUUGAGGGUUGCAGGAAGAAGCCAUGUGGUAUUUGCAACUGAUUGGCCACAUUCUCGGUACGAAGGCCUUGAUAUCUCGCCUUGGGUACAAAAGGUGCUUGAGUGGUGUAACGAUGAUAGAUCUCUCGUGGAGAGAGUCUUUCGAGAUAAUGCAAGGGAUUUAUGGGAUAUCAGAGAUUGA